AUGGGUGUCAAGAAGGUGAUGGAUAGCUAUGGCCUUGGCUCGGGUGACGUCAUUCUUGUUUCCAAGGACCUAAGUGACACCAUCCCAGCUUCCAAGGACUUGGGCGGCGCCAAACCAACUGCAAAGUGUGGGCUGAGUGACGACGACGUUAAGACUGAAGAUGAAGGUGAAGGUGACACUGUGCUUAGAGGGUGGAGGCAUAGGAGUUUGCACAGGUGUGGGCUGAGUGGCGACGACGUUGUGACUGAAGACGAAGGUGAAGGCGAAGCCGCUACUGGCGAUGCCAGCAUGCUACUAGGCGACGCCUUGCAGACGCCAGACUGGGUGUUGGCUGGUGCUAGAUGUGGACCCCGUAUAUGUGGGCAAUACCUUGGAGUAGAAGGCGAUGCCAGAGAGGCCUAG